AUGUUUUGCUCAUCAACUGAAGGAGCUCCGCCGAUUACCGCAGCUCUUAUUGAUUCCAAUAAUGAUCUUUUAUCACAAAUGUCAAACGGAAGAUCAGAACCAGAGAAACUUAUCCGCAAGCCUCGGUCAUCAGACUUAGAAGAACUUGAAGAUGAAGCUGAAGACGAUCUGGAAACAGCUGCUGGUACUAAUUUAAUGCGACCGCUUUUCGUUUAUCGACAACAAAUGGAAUCUCGCGCUCGCCAGAACAGAAAAGCUAUUGACAGACGUCAAGCGUUAUUCUACUGA